AUGGCCGGUCCGAAAUACACGAACGUUCCGCAGCGAGACUCGCUCGAGGAGCCCUCGUUUGCGCAGGCGCCACCGAGCUACCAAGAAUCAGACCCGACGCGCGAAGCUCUCAUAUCUGGCGUACCCAGGAGCGAGAACGACAACUUGCCCGAUGACUUCAAGUUUGGAGGCGUGGUCGCGGAGGCGACGCUGGAUAUUCGCAUGGCUUUCAUCCGCAAGGUCUAUGCUAUACUGACUGUUCAGCUUCUCGGCACGGCUGUCCUCGGAGGACUGUCGAUGAUGUCGGAAUCGUACCAGAACUUCAUCAAGCAGAAUCAGUGGCCCAUGUGGGUGUCUCUGAUCGGAGCCUUCGUAUUCCUCGGCCUCACCUUCUGGAAACGCAAGUCGUACCCCACGAACCUGUUGUUCCUCGCCGGUUUCACUCUCAUGGAAGCAUACUCGAUCAGCGUGGUGAUAGCCUUCACAGACAACCACAUCGUGCUUCAGGCGGUCAUCUUCACACUGGGUAUCUUCGUGGCGCUGAGUCUGUUCGCAUGCCAGACCAAGUACGACUUCACAAGCUGGAUCCCCUACCUGUUCGGCGCGCUGUGGGUGCUGAUCCUCUUCGGCUUCAUGUCCGCCUUUUUCCCCAAGACGUCCACUAUGGAGCUUGGCUACGGCGUCGUUGCAGCCCUGAUCUUCUCAGGCUACAUCCUUGUCGACACGCAACUCAUCAUGCGCCACUACCACGUGGAGGAGGAGAUUGCGGCCGCCAUCUCCCUUUACCUCGACAUCAUCAACCUCUUCCUCGCUAUUCUGAGGAUCCUCAACUCGCAGAACAACAACUAG